AUGGGAGAGGAGGACAUGGAGGAGGACGACACGGAGGGGGAGGCUACGGAGGAGGACAUGGAGGAGGAGGCUACGGAGGAGGAGGACAUAGAAGAGGAAGACACGGAGGGGGAGGCUACGGAGGAGGAGGCUACGGAGGAGGAGGCUACGGAGGAGGACGAGGCGGUGGGGGAGGUUACGGAGAUAGAGGCCACGGAGGAGGAGGUUACGGAGGGGGAGGCUACGGAGGAGGAAGACACGGAGGAGGCUCCACUGGUGGUGGCUAUAAUAUUAGAGACAGAAGUCGACGUGGUGCCGGAGGAUAUGGUCAACAACAGAAUCAAGGCUACGGUCAACAACAAAACCAAGGCUAUGGCCAGCAACAGAACCAGGGCUAUGAUCAACAGAGCCAACCAGCCCAACAAAGCUAUGGUCAACAACAACACCAAGGCUAUGGCCAUCAGAGCCAGCCAGCCCCCCAAGGCUAUGGUCAACAGAGCGAACCAGCCCCACAAGGCUAUGGUCAACAGAGUAAACCAGCGCCACAAGGCUAUGGUCAACAGAGCCAACCAGCCCCACAAGGCUAUGGUCAACAGAGCCAACCAGCCCCACAAGGCUAUGGUCAACAGAGUAAACCAGCGCCACAAGGCUAUGGUCAACAGAGCGAACCAGCCCCACAAGGCUAUGGUCAACAGAGUAAACCAGCACCACAAGGCUAUGGUCAACAGAGCGAACCAGCCCCACAAGGCUAUGGUCAACAGAGUAAACCAGCACCACAAGGCUAUGGUCAACAGAGUAAACCAGAACCACAAUUCUAUGGUCAACAGAGCGAACCAGCCCCACAAGGCUACGGUCAACAGAGCCAACCAGCCCCACAAGGCUACGGUCAACAGCAACAGCAACACCAAGGCUAUAGUCAACAGAGUAAACCAGCGCCACAAGACUAUGGUCAACAGAGCCAGCCAGCCCCACAAGGCUACGGUCAACAACAAGAGAAUCACCAAGGAUAUGGUCAACAGAGUAAACCAGCGCCACAAGGCUAUGGUCAACAGAGCAAACCAACCCCACAAGGCUACGGUCAACAACAAAAGCAACACCAAGGCUAUGGUCAACAACAGAACCAGGGCUAUGGUCAACAGAGUAAACCAACCCAGCAGGGCUAUGGUCAACAUCAACAACAAAACCAAGGCUACGGUCAACAGCAACACCAAGGUUACGGUCAGCCACAGAACCAAGGCUAUGGUCAACAACAACACCAAGGCUAUGGUCAACAGUCCACAGGGCUGCACCAGAUGAAUUACUAAGCAAAGCGUCUCGACGUGAACCCGGAUGUUCGACAAGCUGCCCCGAUGUCCGGCCAACUCGAUUACGACGACGUUCCGGAUCGGAGCGAAGAAAUCAGUGGCCAGAAGGUGGCGUGACGAACACAAUCCAUAUGCCUGCUAGAAAGCAAAGAAGUGAAGAAUUCUCUGUUUGCCUUAUCUCGUACCAUUAACUAAAGGAUUCAUUGAAGUUUAUAAGCUGCCAAUGAAAUCACUUUAAUCACGGUACACAUUGUAAAAUUACCAGAUUGUAAAAAUGUUUUAUGAAUUUUGCGUUGUGUUCACUUGGCGAUCGAUUUCCUGUGCAACCAAUGUGCAAAGUUUUAUAUUAGAUUUGCGUACGAUAUCUUCCUCCUGUUCCCCUCCCCCUCUCCUGUUCCCCUCUCUCCCUCCCCUGUCCUUCUCCCUCCCCCUGUCCUUCUCUCUCCCCCUGUCCUCCUCUCUC